CGGUGUCUCCCUCUCGCUGCCUCUGCAGAAACAGCUCCCUGCCAGAACGGCGCUCGGCGCGGCGCGGCCCGGAGCGGCGGCGGCGCUUCCCGCGGGCUCGCCCUCAGGUGUUCGCGGCUGCCGUCGCCGAAGAACGCGGCUCUGGGCCUCUUGGCGAUCGCCCUGGGCGGGCCGGAGACGCCUCGGCCCCCUGGCGGCUCGGGGUCCACCCCGCGUCGCGGGCCCGCCGCUCUCCCUUGCCUCGCCUUUGCGCCUCUUCUUGCUCUGCCUCUCCAUUUAUUAUUAUUAUUAUUAUUUUUUCAAAUGGUGUAGCCGCCAGAGGUGCGGUGCUAAAUUCUUGGAAGGGGCCCGGAUGUACUGAGGAUGCAUUACAAUCUCACGAAAGGAGGCGGUAGUGGAAAGCAGCAGUUUUUGGUGUUUGGUGCAAUAAUGGGGAUCAGGUAAUCAGCGAAGGGAGCAAGAAAUACUGCGGAUCCACGGCUUCCUCGUUUUGCGCGAAAGCCGCCGCCGGCCUCGGAGGAGGGAUUCAUCCAGACCCGCUCGCGGCUGUUGCUGCAUUUCUUCCUCUUUGUGGCUUCUCCUUUCCAAGCAGUUUUUGGCCAAUGGUCAAUGAAAACACGAGGAUGUACGUUCCGGAGGAAAACCACCAAGGUUCCAACUAUGGGAGCCCACGCCCAGCUCAUGCCAACAUGAAUGCCAAUGCAGCUGCAGGCCUCGCUCCCGAGCACAUCCCUACUCCAGGAGCAGCGCUGUCCUGGCAGGCAGCCAUUGAUGCCGCCCGGCAGGCCAAGCUAAUGGGCAGUGCUGGCAACGCAACCAUCUCUACUGUCAGUUCCACGCAGCGGAAGCGGCAGCAGUACGGGAAACCCAAGAAGCAGGGUGGUACAACUGCCACGCGGCCACCCCGUGCUCUGCUCUGCCUGACUCUGAAGAACCCCAUCCGGAGGGCAUGCAUAAGCAUCGUUGAAUGGAAACCAUUUGAAAUCAUUAUUUUACUGACUAUUUUUGCCAAUUGUGUGGCCUUAGCGAUCUAUAUCCCCUUUCCAGAAGAUGACUCUAACGCCACCAACUCUAACCUGGAGCGAGUGGAAUAUCUCUUUCUCAUAAUUUUUACCGUGGAAGCAUUUUUAAAAGUAAUUGCCUAUGGACUUCUCUUUCACCCCAACGCUUACCUCCGCAAUGGUUGGAAUUUACUAGAUUUUAUAAUUGUGGUCGUAGGGCUUUUUAGUGCAAUUUUAGAACAAGCCACCAAAGCCGAUGGGGCCAAUGCGCUAGGAGGGAAAGGAGCUGGAUUCGAUGUGAAGGCGCUGAGGGCUUUCCGCGUGCUUCGUCCCCUGCGGCUGGUGUCUGGAGUCCCAAGUCUCCAGGUGGUCCUGAACUCCAUCAUCAAGGCCAUGGUGCCUCUGCUGCACAUUGCCCUCCUUGUGCUGUUCGUCAUCAUCAUUUAUGCCAUCAUCGGCCUGGAACUCUUCAUGGGGAAGAUGCACAAGACUUGCUACAACCAGGAGGGCAUAACAGAUGUUCCAGCGGAAGAGGACCCUUCCCCUUGUGCUUUGGAGACAGGCCAUGGGCGGCAGUGUCAGAACGGGACCGUGUGCAGGCCCGGGUGGGACGGGCCCAAGCAUGGCAUCACCAACUUCGACAACUUCGCCUUCGCCAUGCUGACAGUGUUCCAGUGCAUUACCAUGGAGGGCUGGACGGAUGUGCUGUACUGGGUCAAUGAUGCCGUAGGAAGGGACUGGCCCUGGAUCUAUUUUGUUACACUAAUCAUCAUAGGGUCAUUUUUUGUACUUAACUUGGUUCUCGGUGUUCUUAGCGGAGAGUUUUCCAAAGAGAGGGAGAAAGCCAAAGCUCGGGGCGAUUUCCAGAAGCUUCGAGAAAAGCAGCAGCUAGAAGAAGAUCUGAAAGGCUACCUGGAUUGGAUCACCCAAGCAGAAGACAUUGACCCUGAGAAUGAGGAUGAGGGCAUGGAUGAAGACAAGCCCCGAAACAUGAGCAUGCCCACAAGUGAGACCGAGUCUGUCAACACUGAAAAUGUGGCUGGAGGUGACAUCGAGGGCGAAAACUGUGGAGCCAGGCUUGCACACCGGAUCUCCAAAUCCAAGUUCAGCCGCUACUGGCGCAGGUGGAAUAGAUUCUGCAGAAGGAAGUGCCGCGCAGCAGUUAAGUCCAAUGUCUUCUACUGGCUCGUGAUCUUCCUGGUCUUCCUCAACACGCUCACCAUUGCCUCCGAGCACUACAACCAGCCUCACUGGCUCACGGAAGUGCAAGACACAGCCAACAAGGCCCUCCUGGCGCUCUUCACUGCGGAAAUGCUCCUGAAGAUGUACAGCCUAGGCCUGCAGGCCUACUUUGUGUCCCUCUUCAACCGCUUCGACUGUUUCAUCGUGUGUGGGGGCAUCCUGGAGACCAUCCUGGUAGAGACCAAGAUCAUGUCUCCCCUGGGCAUCUCUGUGCUGAGAUGUGUGCGCCUGCUCAGGAUCUUCAAGAUCACCAGGUACUGGAACUCCUUGAGCAACCUCGUGGCGUCCUUGCUGAACUCAGUGCGCUCCAUCGCCUCCUUGCUGCUGCUCCUCUUCCUCUUCAUCAUCAUCUUCUCCCUCCUGGGGAUGCAGCUGUUUGGAGGGAAGUUCAACUUUGAUGAGAUGCAGACCCGUAGGAGCACCUUCGAUAACUUCCCGCAGUCACUGCUCACUGUGUUCCAGAUCCUGACCGGGGAGGACUGGAAUUCGGUGAUGUAUGAUGGGAUCAUGGCUUAUGGCGGCCCCUCUUUUCCAGGGAUGUUAGUCUGUAUUUACUUCAUCAUCCUCUUCAUCUGUGGAAAUUAUAUCCUACUAAAUGUGUUCUUGGCCAUUGCGGUGGACAACCUGGCUGAUGCCGAGAGCCUCACUUCUGCCCAAAAGGAAGAAGAAGAAGAGAAGGAGAGAAAGAAGCUGGCCAGGACUGCCAGUCCAGAGAAGAAACAGGAGGUGAUGGAGAAGCCAGCAGUGGAGGAGAGCAAAGAGGAGAAAAUUGAGCUGAAGUCCAUUACUGCAGAUGGAGAGUCUCCGCCCACUACCAAGAUCAACAUGGAUGACCUCCAGCCCAGUGAAAAUGAGGAUAAGAGCCCCCACUCCAACCCCGACACUGCAGGGGAAGAGGAUGAGGAGGAGCCAGAGAUGCCUGUGGGGCCACGCCCCCGGCCCCUGUCUGAGCUACACCUUAAGGAAAAGGCGGUGCCUAUGCCAGAAGCCAGUGCGUUUUUUAUCUUCAGCCCCAACAACAGGUUCCGCCUCCAGUGUCACCGCAUCGUCAACGACACUAUCUUCACCAACCUGAUCCUCUUCUUCAUUCUGCUCAGCAGCAUCUCUCUGGCUGCCGAGGACCCCGUGCAACACACCUCCUUCAGGAACCAUAUCCUAGGCAAUGCAGACUAUGUCUUCACUAGUAUCUUUACAUUAGAAAUUAUCCUUAAGAUGACCGCUUACGGGGCUUUCCUGCACAAGGGCUCUUUCUGCCGAAACUACUUCAAUAUCUUGGACCUGCUGGUGGUUAGCGUGUCCCUCAUCUCCUUUGGCAUCCAGUCCAGUGCAAUCAACGUUGUGAAGAUUUUACGAGUGCUGCGGGUCCUCAGACCCUUGAGGGCCAUCAACAGGGCCAAGGGGCUAAAGCACGUGGUCCAGUGUGUGUUUGUGGCCAUCCGGACCAUUGGGAACAUUGUAAUUGUCACCACUCUGCUGCAGUUCAUGUUUGCCUGCAUUGGGGUUCAGCUCUUCAAGGGCAAGCUCUAUACUUGCUCGGAUAGCUCCAAACAGACGGAGGCAGAAUGCAAGGGUAACUACAUCACAUACAAAGAUGGAGAAGUUGACCACCCGAUUAUCCAGCCUCGAAGCUGGGAGAACAGCAAGUUUGACUUUGACAAUGUUCUGGCAGCCAUGAUGGCCCUCUUCACCGUCUCCACCUUUGAGGGGUGGCCAGAGCUGCUGUACCGUUCCAUCGACUCCCACACGGAAGACAAGGGCCCCAUCUACAACUACCGUGUGGAGAUCUCCAUCUUCUUCAUCAUCUACAUCAUCAUCAUCGCCUUCUUCAUGAUGAACAUCUUCGUGGGUUUCGUCAUCGUCACCUUCCAGGAGCAGGGGGAGCAAGAGUACAAGAACUGUGAGCUGGACAAGAACCAGAGACAAUGUGUGGAAUAUGCCCUCAAGGCCCGACCCUUGCGAAGGUACAUCCCCAAGAACCAGCACCAGUAUAAAGUGUGGUACGUGGUCAACUCUACCUACUUCGAGUAUCUGAUGUUCGUCCUUAUCCUGCUCAACACCAUCUGCCUGGCCAUGCAGCAUUAUGGCCAGAGCUGCCUCUUCAAAAUCGCCAUGAAUAUCCUCAACAUGCUGUUCACUGGCCUCUUCACAGUGGAGAUGAUCCUGAAACUCAUUGCCUUCAAACCCAAGGGUUACUUUAGUGAUCCCUGGAAUGUUUUUGACUUCCUCAUCGUGAUUGGGAGCAUAAUUGAUGUCAUUCUCAGUGAGACUAAUCACUAUUUCUGUGAUGCAUGGAAUACAUUUGAUGCCUUGAUUGUUGUGGGUAGCAUUGUUGAUAUAGCAAUCACCGAGGUACACCCAGCUGAACAUACUCAAUGCUCUCCCUCUAUGAGCGCAGAGGAGAAUUCCCGCAUCUCCAUCACCUUCUUCCGCCUCUUCCGGGUCAUGCGCCUGGUGAAGCUGCUGAGCCGAGGGGAAGGCAUCCGGACCCUGCUGUGGACAUUCAUCAAGUCCUUCCAGGCCCUGCCCUAUGUGGCCCUUCUGAUCGUGAUGCUGUUCUUUAUCUAUGCAGUGAUUGGGAUGCAGGUGUUUGGAAAGAUCGCCCUGAAUGACACCACAGAGAUCAAUCGGAACAACAACUUCCAGACGUUCCCCCAAGCUGUGCUCCUGCUCUUCAGGUGUGCCACCGGGGAAGCCUGGCAGGAUAUCAUGCUGGCCUGUAUGCCGGGCAAGAAGUGUGCCCCAGAGUCCGAGCCCGGCAACAGCACGGAAGGGGAGACACCCUGUGGCAGCAGCUUCGCUGUCUUCUACUUCAUCAGCUUCUACAUGCUCUGUGCCUUCCUGAUCAUCAACCUCUUUGUAGCUGUUAUCAUGGACAACUUUGACUACCUGACACGGGACUGGUCUAUCCUUGGUCCCCACCAUCUGGAUGAAUUCAAAAGAAUCUGGGCCGAGUAUGACCCCGAAGCCAAGGGUCGGAUCAAACACUUGGAUGUGGUGACCCUCCUCCGUCGAAUUCAGCCCCCCUUGGGUUUUGGGAAGUUGUGUCCACACCGUGUGGCCUGCAAACGUCUGGUGUCCAUGAACAUGCCUCUGAACAGCGAUGGGACAGUCAUGUUCAAUGCUACCCUGUUUGCCCUGGUCAGGACAGCCCUGAGGAUCAAAACAGAAGGAAACCUAGAACAAGCCAAUGAGGAGCUGCGGGCCAUCAUCAAGAAAAUCUGGAAGAGGACCAGCAUGAAGCUGCUGGACCAGGUGGUGCCCCCUGCAGGUGAUGACGAGGUCACAGUCGGCAAGUUCUAUGCCACCUUCCUGAUCCAAGAGUACUUCCGAAAAUUCAAGAAGCGAAAAGAGCAGGGGCUGGUGGGCAAGCCCUCUCAGAGGAAUGCACUGUCCCUGCAGGCUGGCUUGCGCACAUUGCAUGACAUUGGGCCCGAGAUCCGACGGGCCAUCUCUGGGGAUCUUACCGCUGAGGAAGAGUUGGACAAGGCUAUGAAGGAGGCUGUGUCCGCUGCCUCCGAAGACGACAUCUUCAGGAGGGCUGGAGGCCUGUUUGGCAACCACGUCAGCUACUAUCAGAGCGACAGCAGGAGCAACUUUCCCCAGACCUUCACAACCCAGCGCCCGCUGCACAUUAACAAGACGGGAAACAGCCAGGGCGACACCGAGUCGCCAUCCCAUGAGAAACUGGUGGACUCCACUUUCACCCCCAGCAGCUACUCAUCCACAGGCUCCAACGCCAACAUCAACAAUGCCAACAACACUGCCUUGGGUCGCUUCCCCCACCCCACCGGCUACUCCAGCAGGGUCAGCACUGUGGAGGGCCAUGGGCCUCCCUUGUCCCCUGCUGUCCGGGUACAGGAGGCAGCUUGGAAGCUCAGCUCUAAGAGGUGCCACUCCCGAGAGAGCCAGGGGGCCUCGGUGAGUCAAGAGAUGUUCCCCGAUGAGACCUGCAGCGUGAGGAUGAGUGAGGACGCCGAGUACUGCAGCGAGCCCAGCCUGCUCACCACAGAUAUUCUCUCCUACCAGGAUGAUGAAAACCGGCAGCUGACAUCCCCAGAGGAGGACAAGAGGGAGAUGCAGCAGUCUCCGAAGAGGAGUUUCCUCCGCUCUGCCUCUCUAGGGCGAAGGGCCUCCUUCCAUCUGGAAUGUCUGAAGAGACAAAAGGAUCAAGGGGGAGACAUCUCUCAGAAGACAGCCUUGCCCUUGCAUCUGGUUCACCAUCAGGCAUUGGCAGUGGCAGGUUUGAGCCCACUCCUGCAGAGAAGCCAUCCUCCUACCAAGUUCCCCAGGCCAUGUCCCACACCCCCUGUCACUCCAGGCAGCAGGGGCAGGCCUCUCCAGCCUAUCCCCACCCUACGGCUGGAGGGGGCUGAGUCCAGCGAGAAACUCAACAGCAGCUUCCCAUCCAUCCACUGCAGCUCCUGGUCUGAUGAGACCACUGCCUGUAGUGGUGGCAGCAGCAUGGCCCGGAGAGCCCGGCCCGUCUCCCUCACCGUGCCCAGCCCGGCUGGAGCUCCAGGGAGACAGUUCCAUGGCAGUGCCAGCAGCCUGGUGGAAGCGGUCUUGAUUUCAGAAGGAUUGGGACAGUUUGCUCAAGAUCCCAAGUUCAUCGAAGUCACCACCCAGGAGCUGGCUGACGCCUGUGACAUGACAAUAGAGGAGAUGGAGAACGCCGCAGACAACAUCCUCAGUGGGGGCGCCCAGCAGAGCCCUAACGGCACCCUCUUACCUUUUGUGAACUGCAGGGACCCAGGGCAGGACAGGGCUGUGGUCCCGGAGGACGAAAGCUGCGCAUAUGCCCUGGGGCGAGGCCGGAGCGAGGAGGCGCUCCCGGACAGCAGGGCCUACGUCAGCAACCUGUAGUCCGCAGGACUGACCAGACGCGGGUGUUUUUUAUUCGUUUCAAUGUUCCUAAUGGGUUCGUUUCAGAAGUGCCUCACUGUUCUCGUGACCUGGAGGUAACCGGAACAGCGUCUUCAUUCACUGCUGUCGGGACAAGUCUCAGAGCUGGGCGGUGUGCGGAGUCGGCUUGUCAGGGGAGAAGGCCAAGGCCGUGGUGCAGGCUCCAGCACCUUCCCGCGGCAGCACCGCCCAAAGGACCCCACCCCCCUAACCAAAAGGGUGUUUUCCCCUUGCUUGUAUAAACAGUCAUUUGCACAUGUUCUGUCUGAGCCUGGCGGUCUCAAUGGAGCAGUGACCCAGAGAUCUAUGGCGGGAGUAGGCCAGUGCCCCAAGUAGGGGAGGUGGCUGUGAGGUUCCAGUAAUGCAGGUUUGGUCCCUUCAGGGACCCGUCCCCUGCGGGAGUAGAUGCAGGUGAUCGGAGCUGGUGCAGACCGCACCACCGCCCUCAGCUAGCCAGGCCAGGGGGCACAGGCUGCUGCUCGGUGAUCUUGGUUUCACGGUUUGAUGGUUCUUGUUAGCAUGUUUCGGUUUUCUGAGUUUGGAUUUCUUUAUUAUUUUGUAUUUGUUGUGCUUUCCCACGGGGAAGGGAGGAAGAAGAGCGUUUACAGUUGCGCAGCCUCACUCACUGUUUCCACAUUUGCGGAUUUGGUUUUAUUAUAUUCUUCAAAUGGUGCGGUUUCCCCCACCCCUCUUUUUCCACCCAUGGAGCGAGAGCUCAAUAGCACCACAGGAAAGUUUACCUGUUCUGUGUAUGCCCAGUAAUUUGUUAUAAUUUCCUUAAGUAACAGCACCUUCCCCUCCCCCCCUUCUUUCCGGUUUGGUUGACAGUCACAAUCUGCAGGUAACAGGGCUGUUAGAUAAGGUGUUGCGUGCCUGAGCGGUUGAACUGGGCUCCUUUCUAAGCUGGGUGUAUGGACAGGUUCAAGAGAGAGGAUGUAUGAGCAUCUGUGUGUCACACAUGUGUCCAUAGUGUCGUCUGUGUGUGUGUGUGUGUGUGUGUGCGCGCGCGCGCGCGCACCCACACGGUGCGUGCGCACCCUCUCCACCCCGCCCUCCCCACCCCGCACAAAAGUCCAUAGAUCCCCGUUCCGGUUUGACUGCAGGGAAUCUGAAUCUGGGGCUAUUCGAAAGCAAAAACAAUUCACUGUCUCCGCUUCUGCUUCUGAAACGAGAAUCGGUAACUGCAUUUCCUGUCCCACGAGAUAUGCAAAAGCAAUGCAAUAAUAUCCAUUUUAAAAUACGAUUGUGAGUUGUGUCGGCAUUAAAAUUCUAUUUUAAAAAACACAAAAUUUAAGGGAAAAAACUCAAGAAGACAUUUUGCUUCGAUAUAUUCUGUGUAAUGUUUUAUUGCAUUGAUAAUGUUUCUGUUGAAGAAACUGUUAUACUUGAAUUCAGGUCAGUUUCAGUAUUUUUCAAAUAUUUUUUUAAAAACUGAAUUGCAAUUGUGCCAAGCAAAUAUAAUGACUUAAGUUUGUUUUAAAAUUCACUUCUUGUAUAUUUUGCUGCAUGUAAAGUAAAUCAUUUUGUAUUUGGAGUGUGACAAGCUUUCCCUUUGAACUCUUAAGUGCUUUUUCUACCUGUGGUUGGGGAGGAGAUGGUUUUCUUUCAUUUGCAAAGUGAGCAAAGGUGUCCCGGUGUCAGUCCUCAUCCUGCUCUCAGUGGGAAGGUCUGGGAGGUACCUUUCUGCAUAUCUUGUGUCUUGUUUCCAUUUCCCUCAAUCUUUCCAAAAACCGUGUGGUAAGACAGUCCAUUCCACAUCUUGCUUUGCAAGAUCAGGACAUGUUUCAUCCAGCUCUUCACUUGCUGCCUUCUCUGUGGAUACUUGUUCAGGAUGCUCCUCUGGAGAGGUGGCUGACUUUGUCAAGCACUCCCACAGCCCACAUCUCCACUGAGAGGAUGAGGUGACAAUCAGGCUGGGGCAGAGGUAGAACAGAUUCAUCAUGGACCCAUGAUCUACCCAAGCACGGAUAGCCAUAGCCGUGGCUAGAUAAAGGUGACUGGGUAGGUCUGUGAUCCUUCUAGAAACUACAUCCUUUCCUUCCUCCAAAGCAGGAAAGCGGAAAAGCAAGGGAUCUUGAUGAAGUCAGGGACAUCGGGAUCUCAUAGGGAUGGAAGGAACAGAUUGUGUGGGACUUUUAUUUCGGCUCCUCUAUGUCUGCCUUCAGAAACCAUUACAAUAGUACCAGGUCCUUCAGUGGUGUCUUAACAAGAAUGGUUGGAAAGGAAGGGCUCUGGGGAAAAUAAGACUCAACCAUUCACCCAGAAUUUACCUACGUACAGAAUAUCUUCCGGUCCCAGGGUCCUUCCAGCCUAUUUGGGGAAUUAUGUGAGAAUCUGCUAGAAAUUCAGCAAGGUUGUUCCUCAGUGAUAAUGCUCUCGUGGGCUAUUUCAUGAAAAUGCAGAGAGAGGCAGUGUUCACAGGUUAACCAGAGUCUAGAAACAGCAUUUCUCCUUGAAUUCCCGUGCACCGUCGACCCAGCGUUUAUGUAUCCUCUUCAGUACCAUAAGGGCUUCUAGAUAUGAGGAUUAGACGACAUCCUUUGUCUUGUUUCCGAGACUGUUGAUGUGCCUAGAGUGACGAUGGAGAGGUGAGCCCUCUGAUUGGCUGUCUGGUUCUGGCAUGCAUCUGACCCCUAGGGAAAUGUGGUGUUUUGAUUGCUCCUACCCACAGACAUGCAUAGGCUGCAUACUCUCUCCCCAUGCUGCCUUGACUUCCUGUAGAAGCUUUGAUCUGCAUUGCCAGUCUUCUGGCCAAUGACACAAGUACAGGCCAAGCUUCUGCAACCCCUGCCAGGACUCUGCUCAGUGUGGCUCCCCAACUCCCCCUGCCCCUCACUAGUCAUACCCACAGACUGCCUUCUCCUUUAUGGCCAAGAAGACCAGAGUAGCCUUUCACGUGUACACUGCACCCUGUGGGGGUGGCGCCAUCAGGGACGAUGGGUCCCUGCCCUUUAUUGCUAGGAGGAAAGAAGGUUCAGUGCACAGUGGGGCUUUCAUGCUUGGCGUCAUGACCACCUACAUAAGACUAAUGCAUGCUGCCUGUGGCCAGGACAGAGGGGACAGUGAGUAGGAGAGCCAUUGAACAGUACACCAGACUGUCUCCUCCCCGCCCACCAUGGAGUUUUCCCAGUGACUCUUCUGAAUGGAACUGCAGGCCUUCUGCAAUCCCGACAGUCCCUGGAUGGCAGGGAAUUAGCCCGCAGCUGGGGACCAAAGGGACCAGGAGCGAAGGGCUUGUACUUUCAUCUCCGUGAUUAGCUGUCUCUUUUCUUUACGCUCUGUCCAUGUGUGUGGCCAUUUUAUACAGACAGAAUCCUGUUGGUUCCUUUCUGCCUGGUCCUAGAAAGUUCUUCAUAUUUUCAGGUUAAAAGAGAGAGACUUUCCUAGGCAUUGUUUGAUUUGUAAAUGUCUUUCCUAUUAGCUGUGGUUUCCAUCGUAACCUGACAAAUCCAAGGCCCAACUCUGUCAUUCCCCUUCCCCUGGUACCAGACACCCUAACAGAAUGCAGUAGGCAGCCCUUCCUUUGCCAACAUCAGCACGUUUUUGAGAACAUGCUGGAAGUCAGUAGAAGGAAAGUGGCUGCUGUCCAGAGGCCAGGAGAUACUCACCACUGCUCCAUAAGGCAGGUCAAGAGAUCAAGGACCCAGAUCAAGCACGGAGUCGAAUCUGAUAAUCAGGGCUUUUAGCCUUCUUACCCCACAUUUCAAAUGUCACCAAGGGGAAGGACCUUCCAUCCUGGGACCUUGAAUGACUGAAAUGUCCUCAUUCGGGAGCUAGAAACAAUUGACCUGAGGAAGGAUUGUCUAGCUUUCAGAAGAGCUACUCAGAGCCCAGGGAAGCCAAAACGGGCUGUAAGCGUCCUGGUUGAUUCUGUCUUCAACAAGUCCCUGGCUCGGAAGCAGGCACCAGCACAGAGAGAGUUAGAGGGGAGUGAGGGCGAGGAAAGGGUGCGUCCUGACCCCAUCCGUGUCACCUCAUCAUAUGGAAAGCCCUGGAAAAGGCCGAUGGCUCCAUAAUCUGCUUUGGAAGCUGUGAAAAAUGAACUCCUACCCUGGGUGUUUUUCCAGCUAAAUCAACCUAGCUAGAGAGAUAUGGUCCUCACCUGACCAUGUGAGGCCCCUCCGCCAUAGCUUGCCAAAGAGUUUGCCAAUGGGAAAGUGGUUGGGGGAGCUUGGUCUCCCUCAGCAAAGCCCAUGUUCUACAGCAGCUGCCAUGGUAGAGGUGUCCUAGAAGGCUGUGGGCAGGGAGGGGAAGCACCCUAUCUAUGACAUCAGUAACAGGAACCGUCCCUUCCUUCAGCAUUUACUCCUCUUUCUCCCUUCCCCCUUCUCCUCCUCUGCAAGCCCAGUGAAGGGAACACAGAGGCGAAAGGAACCAUUUGCAGAUUUUUACAGUGUUUUUUAUGCCAUAGCGCUUCACCUUGUUAGGGAGAUAGUUGAUACACACCACACACACACACACACUCACUCACACCCUAAAGCACAAGUGCUGAGGUGUUGGCCACGUGGUAGGCACAUUCAACCUGUUCAGUCUGUAGCUCUGUGCUCCAGAACAGCUAUGGAUGUGCACAGCGCAUGUGUAGGUGAUAUCCUAUUAUAACAAAAACACUGAACACCUUUGAAGGGGAACGUGUGGAAGAAACUAGAACAGUUUCCAUGGGUGGAAAUGGUGACCGUUUAUUCAUCUACAGUGAGGAAAUGCUUUUCCUCCAGCCAUCUUAAGAGAUUUGACCCAUACAGUACGUGAUAAAGGCCUGGCCUUCCUGGUAUGUGAGGAAGACCAGGUACCAUCUCUGAAAGGGAGUUGGAGUAUGUAGCUGGAUAUAUCAAGCAUUGCAAAUCAAUUCAAUACUGACAGUAAAGUCAGAAUUGAGAUUUUUCCUGUUAUGUUUCUUCUAGGUCUCUGCUAGCAAUAAGGAAGGCAAGGCCAGAAAAUGCAAUGAAAAUAUGAAAUGUCAUAUCACCAGAGUCAAACCGUCUCAGAUGCUCAUUAGAGGUGUAGCCCCCUCAUCCCCAUGGGAAAUCAUAUGCACCCCAAUUUCCCAGAAUCUAAAUGAUUGGAUGUAUAAAGGUUACAGACCAGGUGACGUGUCACUUACUCCAGCGUGAAUGAGUCCAGUUCAUGCAAAUUUGCCACCUAAAACUUCCCUGAGGCUUCCCUCAGCAGGGUCAUUACAGAGACGGUUUGGGGAAGACAGAGGCUAUAGGGAACUGGAAGGUAGUUUCUUUUUUCUUUUCCUUUUUUGGGGAGCAGCAUGGAGGUACUGGGGGUUGAGCCAAGGGCCUUCCCUGUGCAUGCUGGGCAAGCACUUUAGCUUCUAUGUUGCCUCCUAAGACUUCCCAGCAUGGAGAACCACACCAAAGUUAAAAGCAGGGGAGAACCCUUGGGAAUUGAGGACAGGUGAUUUGUGAGCAAGCAGUCCCCCCAGAGGGCCCCUUAGAAGGCAUCACAGGGACUGCAGGCUAUGGGUCCCUUUCUGUGCCCCACCCAGCACACAUCCACACCUGCAUCCCGUCCCCCAGACUUGAAAUCCCCCCUCAGCCUUCCCGCCAGACCAUGCACCCAUCUACCCUGCCCAUCUCGGGCGUGAGCUGCUUGCUAGCCGCCCCGAGCAGAGCCUGUAUGGCAGGAGAACCGCUGGGUUUACCCACAUCUGUGACCAUAGCAGUUAAGAGCAACCUACGGGGAAAGAAGUCAUUGGGAAAUAGAUCCCAGGAGUGAACGCUGCCUCUCCCAUAGUACUGCAAUUCUACUUUGAUCUGCCAGUGUUGCUACGGAAGACGUCCUCCAUGUCAGGGGUCCACAUCACGCCGCGCCCAUCCCCCACGCGCCAUGUGUCUACUCAGUCCACUUCAUGUCCCUGAGAAAACCUGUGUCAUGUGCCAUGCCUGUUCCCAGAGAGGCACGGAAAGAUAAACAGGCUUCUGUGUCGCUCAUACACACCUGCACAUCUCACGCCUGCCCCUCCAGACUCCACGACACCACAGUCCGACUGUUGUAAAUAUUGUACAGUUUGUAAUCAUCCAAUAAUCCUGUUGUCAAAGGCCCUGCCUGCUGCGCCUUCUCCCCCUCGAGCGAGGCCAGGGAAUCCAGAAGGGGAAACCUUCAAGGAGAGCUUCAGGGUCCAUCUCUGUGUGGGACGCUACUGUAUAUUCCUGUAAGAUUGCAUUUUUAUCUAAGGAAUGAUGUUAUUUAAAAAACAAACAAAAAAACGCAAAAAAGAAUUGCAAAUAAAUUUCUUAACAAUGUC